AUGCAUGCAUGAGCAGCACUGUCUGUUUCCCAGCUUCACCUGUUCAGGCAGCUGUCGACGACAACGACAGCGACGGCGACGACGAGACAGAGGAGGAGGAGGAGGAAGAAGGCAAUGAGAGACUCGGGCCUCAGAGCUGAUCCAUGCCCUGCUGAGAAGUUUGAUGUUUGUUGAACUGCUGAGACGUGCUGAAGCUGCAAGAGGAGACUCAGAGGAGGAGCAGGGUGGAGCACAGAGACACGUCUGAUCACUGAGCAUCAUCUCUGAAAACAUGAAUCCCAUGUGGAAGGUUUACAGGAGCAAAGUGCUGAAGACCAUAAACCCUGAGUAUGAGGAGGACACUGCUGAAGAGGUCACAGAAGCACACAAUGACAUGAGUCCAGUUCAGGAGGACGAGGGGCCCACCGCUGUUUCCCAACUGGCCAAGAAAAUGCAGGGAGCUGGGACCAAAAGCUGGAACAGACUCUCAUCUCUUUUCAACAAAGAUGAUGAACACCAGCUUCUGGAGGAGACGGAGAGUCCACCGGUUCUUGACCAUCCACUCGCAGUGAAGCCCGAGGAGCCUCCUCGACCCGGCAGGCGCUCGGCAUUCUGGGACAGCUUUGCUACCAACUGGGCUGCCAAGAAGCAGGGGGAAGCUGCGGAGGCUGCAGCAGCAGGUCAGUGUGAGGAGGUGGUGGUGACGGAGGCCGCAGGGCACGAGAACCAGGUCGGCCAGGUCACCGAGGGAGAGGAGAGCCAAGGAGAUGGAGGAGGAGGAGGGAGGAGCAACAACAGCUUCUCCAAAUACAUGUCGCUGGGAGGAGGCAGCAGCAGCAGCAGCAGCAGCGAGGAGGCGUCCUUCAAGUGGAACUUUGUCACCAGCAAACUGGCAGAGCUGAAGACCAAGAACAACUAGCUGCAUUAUACUAGCUGUAUUUACAUCAUAUCAAAGACUUAAGCAGGUGCAGAUUAUUAGCACUUAGUGCUAAAACCCUCAACUAUCCCUUUAAGACGGCAUGCAGUCGAGUGUGUAACAGAUAUGUUAUUUUCAGUGAUGUUCCCACAAACACAGGCUUCCACCAGCAAACUUGAUCUAAUCUGUCAUUAAGUAAAUAGAGGAUUAAGAGAUUAAAAGGUGGUGAUAACUGGAUUUCUCCAAGGAUAAUCUCAGUAAAGAACCUGUUCAGCAGACGGGGAUUAUACAGUGAAAACACAAAUAUUCUCUCAAACAUCAGGGAUGAAAAGAUUGUGAGUGUGCGACACAAUGAUUUAAGUGACUUGAACUUUCUGAUUGUGACUUUUCCUCAUUUUGUGACACGAGACUGUUUUAAAUAUCAUUCAGUUCAUUUCCUGCACUUUUUUUCAGUUUUGCUUUGUUGUAUGUUGAGUUUUGGUUGUUUUCUGGUUGUUUUCUGGUUGUUUUCUGGUAUGAUAUAAUAAAGUCAA